AACAUAAAACGUAAACAGAAACAUAAUUUCAAAAUAUAUCGAAACUUUUGUUGUUUUCUCAAGAAUUCAGUCAUGACUAACUGCUUUGUGUGUGAAAAAGAAGUCUAUAAAUACAAAUGCCCAGCUUGCUCUAUACAAUAUUGCUCAGUAUCAUGCUUCAAAACGCAUAAAGAUGGAGAGUGUGAUAAGAUAGUAAAUCAGAACAACCCAAAAGAUACCGAAAACACAAUAGUUGAAGACAAAGUGCCUGCUAGAAUGAUGUUUGAAACAAUUGACACUAUUCCUGCUCAAAAAUUAGAGGAACUUAAGGAAUCAGAAGUACUGAAAGAAAUGUUGAAGAAUAAGCAUUUAAGAGACUUCUUGCAAGAGCUAAAUGAUGCUAGAAAUCCUUGGAAAGCUAUAAAAGCAGCAAUGAGUGAGCCAUUAUUUCUAGAAUUUGCCGACGAAUGCUUAAAAGUAGUUGAAAACGAGACUUAA